CUACAUUUGCUUAUUUGCGCUUUGGAAUUUCACAUCCACUAUUUGGGCCCAAAAUAAAAGCGUCCGUAUAGCUAACUCCAGUGCAACAGCAACAGCAGAGCCAGCCGGUAGCAAAAGCAAAAGCGGAUAAAAGUUCCAAACAAAUUUAAUUUCCAGUUUCGAACCACACACCAAUCUCAAAGAUGACCACCUACUUCAACUAUCCCAGCAAGGAGCUGCAGGAGGAGCUUAAGUCGAUUGCCCAGGCUAUCGUUGCUCCCGGCAAGGGUAUUCUCGCCGCCGAUGAGUCUGUGUCGACCAUGGGCAAGCGCUUGAAGGACAUUGGUGUGGAGAACACCGAUGACAACCGUCGUGCCUAUCGCCAGCUGUUGUUCACCACCGACGACAAGCUCGCCGAGAACAUCUCCGGUGUGAUUCUGUUCCACGAGACUCUCUACCAGAAGGCCGACGAUGGCACUCCCUUCGUUCAGCUGCUGAAGAAGAAGGGCAUCAUUCCCGGCAUCAAGGUCGAUUCCGGUGUUGUGCCACUGAUGGGCUCCGAGGAUGAGACCACCACCCAGGGUCUGGACAACUUGGCCGCUCGCUGCGCCCAGUACAAGAAGGACGGCUGCGACUUCGCCAAGUGGCGUUGCGUGCUGAAGAUCGGCAAGAACACCCCCUCAUACCAGUCGAUCCUGGAGAACGCCAAUGUGCUGGCUCGCUAUGCUUCCAUCUGCCAGUCGGAGCGCAUUGUGCCCAUUGUGGAGCCCGAGGUGCUGCCCGAUGGUGAUCACGAUCUGGAUCGUGCCCAGAAGGUCACCGAGACUGUGCUCGCCGCCGUCUACAAGGCGCUCAACGAUCACCACGUCUACCUGGAGGGUACUCUGCUGAAGCCCAACAUGGUUACUGCUGGUCAGUCCGCCAAGAAGAACACACCCGAGGAGAUUGGUCUGGCCACCGUGCAGGCUCUGCGUCGCACCGUGCCCUCCGCCGUUCCCGGCAUCACCUUCCUGUCUGGCGGUCAGUCCGAGGAGGAGGCCACAGUCAAUCUGAGCGCCAUCAACAAGGUUGCUCUGCUGAAGCCAUGGGCUUUGACCUUCUCGUACGGUCGUGCUCUGCAAGCCUCCGUGCUGAAGGCCUGGGGUGGCAAGAAGGAGAACGUUGCCGCCGGCCAAGCUGAGCUGCUCAAGCGCGCUCGCGCCAAUGCUCUUGGUUGCCAAGGCAAAUACGUCGCCGGCUCGAUUCCUUCGUUUGCGGGCAAUGCCAGUCUAUUUGGCAACGGUGAUGCCGCUCAGGGCAAAUAUGUUGCUGGCAGCGCUGGCAGCGAUUCCGGCUCGCUGUUCAUUGCCAACCACGCCUACUAAAUGGGCAGCAAUUGCAACAACAACAACAACAGCAACAACAUCAGCAGCAGAGCGUUAAUUGUUAAUCAUCAUUUGAUUAUUAACAAUUUCCAAA